AUGCAUCACUCUACGCUUCUUCCGCUCAUCGUACCUCUGGCCCACGCCGCCACGAAUGCGAUCAACGUCCGCGAUGUUCCUGCAUCGGUGCCUCAUGUAGCGUCGAUUCAAUAUUCUGGCUCCGGCUGCCCCUCCAGCGCACCGGGCGUCGACAAGCUAGGAGCGUGGGACGACCUCGCAUUUCGGCUCAACAACUUUGAGGUCUCGCUACCCAACGCCGCAGCAAGCACCGAGAACUGCGAGGUCCACCUCCAAGUUACCGGGUGCUCGGCCGGCUGGCAGCUCGGUAUCAAGGAUGUCUAUGUCCGGGGGCAUCUCGUCCUCGACCCCGGAGCAGAAUUGGAUUUCUACGUGACCAACUUUUGGAGUCAAGAUGCUGGCACGACUUCCACCGUCAGAGGUGUCAUUGAGAACACUGGCAACACUCGCAUCGACGACAUAGCCACGGCACACGCGACGAUCCCCAAUUCGCGGGUCGUCUGGUCGCCUUGCAGCUCAUCUUCAGGCGACGUUGGAAUCUUGAAUGUCAACUUCCGAGCGGCGCUUCUGGCUGAUGGCAACCAGUAUGGCUACUUUGGAAAGGGAGGCGACACGACCCUGACUGAGAGCUAUGGAUAUGUCUGGCGGAGGUGUUGA